ACAUCAUCAUCAUGAUCGACCACGUUAGCACCACCUUCAGCGCACCACCCCACCCUACCCUACGCCCUUUACGCUCUUUUAUCUGCUAUAAAUACGGAGCUUCCCUUCCUCAAUCGCCUGCUCACUUUUGGCGAGAGCACUAACGACUCACAAUGGGGAAGAAGAAGAACAAGAACAGCAACCAGAAGACGAACGAGAACGUCAACGUCAACGAGAACAAGAAGAAGGACAAUGAUGAGGGAGAGAAAAAGAAGCAGGAGGCGAAUCCAAUUUCGCCGGCGGUGUUGAAGAUCGACAUGCAUUGCGAGGGCUGCGCCUCGAAGAUUAUAAGAUGCGUUCGCGGCUUUGAGGGCGUGGAGGGUGCGAAAGCGGAUAUGGAGGCCAACAAACUUACGGUGGUCGGGAACGUGGACCCGACGGAACUCCGGGACAAGCUGGCUGAAAAGACCAAGAAGAAGGUGGAUCUCCUCUCCCCGCAGCCCAAGAAGGACAACAAAGCCAACGACAAGUCCGACCAAAAACCAGAGAAGAAAGCUGACGAUAAAAAACCCAAAGAGGCUCCGGUGACGACGGUGAUGUUCAAGGUGGAUCUGCACUGCCAGGGAUGCAUUGAGAAGAUUCGAAAGACGGUUUCGAAGACCAAAGGUUUCAAGGAUAUGGAUAUCGACACUAAGAAAGAUCUGGUCACCGUAAAGGGCACCAUGGAUGCAAAGACUUUAGCUCAAAAUUUGAAGGAGAAGCUGAAGAGGCAAGUGGAAAUCGUGCCGCCCAAGAAGGAGAAAGAAGGCGGCGGAGAGGUUGGUGAGAAAAAGGAUGGUAAUGGAGGCGGCGGGGGCAAGAAGAAGGGUGGAGGAGGAGAUGCUGGGCAAGAGGAAAAUGCAGCUGGUAUUGCAAAAGUGGAAGGGAUUCAAGGGAACAGAAUGGAUCAGUUUAUGGUACAACACCCCGGGUAUGGUUUCGGAUACGGGUAUGGGAAUUUUUAUGGUCAUGGAUACCAGGGAUAUGGGCAGCCUGGGCCAUAUGGGCCAUAUGGGCAGCCUGGGUAUGGCCAUGGAAGCAUGGUGGGAGAGCAUUUGCAUGCCCAGCAUUUGCAUGCCCCACAGAUGUUCAGUGACGAAAACCCAAAUGCCUGCUCUGUCAUGUGAAAAAAGGAAUUUUAUCAUAUAGGUGUGGAGUUGAGAUUUUACUACUUUGAAAAGGAAAGUGUAAAUAAGACUGUAGAGAAGUAGUAAAAGAUGUUGGGGAUUUUGGGUGGGGGCUUUAAGGUUUGAAAGGAGAAUAUGGUUUAACCGUUGUUUUGUUGGACCGGUAGCUAUCUAGAGCUUAGCUUUUGGGUUUAAAUAUAUUAAUCCCCAGUUCCUAGUUUGAUACUGUUUAAAUAUUGACAAUUUGUUUAUGUUGAAGUGUUAGUUAUCAUAUUGAUCCCAAUUACUAAUGUUAAAUUGUUUUGUUUGUCGUUUGCUUA